UCACGCGCGUCAUUGGCGACGUGGAGACGCAGCUCAAGCAGUCACUGUUAAACUCACUCUCCUGGACAUUUACCGCACUAAUUACUACUCAUUCACUCUAAUUCACCUAGAAACACAUAGACGCCUGUCUCACGGAUCAGUGGUUUCUCUGAGCAGCUGUCACGUCUGACAUUCGUCAGGGCUUUGAUUGGCUGGAGAUGAGGCUGUGAGCAAGUCUCUGGUGGUUUCCAGGGGCGAUGGGUGCCAACACCAGUCAGGUGAGCGACCUAUCGGAGAGUCAGAGCAUCCGCAAUCUCAUUGGUCCAGACGCCAUCUCUGAGAAUGACCCCUUCUGGAACCAGCUGAUCUCCUUCACAUUCACCAGCCCAACCAGCAGUGCUGAUGCUAAACUCUUGGAAGAAGCUGUUGUUCCUCUGGCUAAGACUCUCAUUCAGAACAACCCCAGGUCGGGUAACUUCGGGGCGUUGGUGAGAGUUUUUCUCAGCAGAACCAAAGAACUGAAGAUUUCCACAGAAUGCCAAGAUCAGUUGUUUAUCUGGCAGGCCCAUAAUGCUUUGUUCUUGGUGCGCUGUCUACUGAAGGUCUUCAUCAGAGAAAUAAACGAGGAAGAGCUGCACUUACAGUUCACCUACCAGGAGAGGGUGCCAGGCACCUACGAGUCUAGCUGUGAAGAUCUUUUGGAGGAGCUGGUCUGUCAUUUGGUGCAUCUCAUCGUUGAAGUGCCACUUCUGGACAUCACCUACAACAUCCUGUUUGAAGCAGUGACCACCCUACUGGUGCUGUUGUCCUUUCAGCUCUUCCAUAAGGAGAUUCUGAGGGAGGGGCUUAUUUACAGCUGCCUGACCAAAGGACGAUGUCUGUCUCUGACAAGUCGUCUGGUGAAGACUCUGCUGUAUAACUUCAUCAGACAGGAGAAAUGUCCCCCCGCUACACAUGUGUUCCAGACACAGUCAGAUGGCGGAGGACUUCUGUACGGACUCGCAUCAGGAGUUGCCAGUGGAUUAUGGAGUGUGUUCACAUUGGGUGGAGUCGGCAGCAGACCAGGGGCGGAGCAAGAGCAGAAUUCUCUCCCGCUGUCCAAUCAGAGUCUGUUAUUACUGUUGGUUUUGGCCAAUCUGACAGACGGACCGGACUGUCCAAACUCCUACCGCCAGGCUGUUACCUGCUUCAAAAACACGCAAGAUUCGUCAUCCAUCCCGUCUCCUCAGCCGCACACGUUUCAGAUCAACUUUAACAGUCUGUACACGGCGCUGUGUGAACAGCAGAAAUCAGAUCAGGUGACGUUACUGCUGUACACACUCCUGCACCAGAACACCAACAUGAGGACAUACAUACUGUCCCGGACAGACACAGAGAACCUGGUUUUGCCGAUUCUGGAAAUCUUGUAUCAUGUAGAGGAGAGAAACUCUCAUCAUGUGUACAUGUCUCUCAUCAUCCUCCUCAUCCUCACAGAGGACGAUGCAUUCAACCGCUCUAUACAUGAAGUGAUGUUGAAGAACAUCUCAUGGUACACCGAACGUGUUCUAACAGAGAUUUCUCUGGGCAGUCUGUUGAUCCUGGUUGUGAUUCGAACCAUCCAGUUUAACAUGACGAGGACCAGGGAUAAAUACCUGCACACAAACUGCCUGGCCGCCCUAGCCAACAUGUCGGCCCAGUUUCGCAACCUACAUCAGUACGCCGCUCAGCGAAUUAUAAGCUUGUUUGCUCUGCUGUCAAAGAAGCACAAUAAGGUUUUGGAGCAAGCGACGCAGUCCUUGCAUGGGCCUCUGGGAGCAGACGACGCGACCGUCCUGCCCGACUAUGCUCAGGAUCUUAAUGUGAUCGAGGAGGUGAUCAGAAUGAUGCUGGAGAUCAUGAACUCAUGUUUGAGUAACUCGCUCCAUCACAACCCAAACCUGCUUUACGCUCUGCUGUAUAAACGAGAGCUCUUUGAGCAGUUCCGAUCUCAUCCCUCAUUCCAGGACAUCAUGCAGAACCUCGACACGGUGAUUGGCUUCUUCAGUCAGCGACUAGAGCAGGCAGGAAGUGACCUGUCAGUGGAGAGAGUUCAAGAGGUGAUCAUGAAAGGUGCUGUGGCUCUCCCGAAAGACCGCCUUAAGAAAUUCCCCGAGCUGAAGUUUAAAUACGUUGAGGAAGAGCAGCCGGAGGAUUUCUUCAUCCCGUACGUCUGGUCUCUGGUCUUCAACUCUGGAGUCGGACUUUACUGGAACUCUCAGGGCAUCGAGCUGUUCAGCAUGGACUCAUCGUAGAUCUGUUUGUACCGUGUGUAAGGACAGAGGACGAAUCACCAUGAAUUGUCUUCAGGUGUCUUGAGUGUGUGUUUGAGCGUGUGCGGGUGUAUAUAUGCAAACGUCAGUCGUUUUUGGGAGUUUUUUUUUUUCGGGUUGGAUGCUUAAGUGCCUCCGUCAUCCAUAUCUCAUGCAUCGUCGACAUAUGACUCCCGGGCUUCCGCUCUCAACACACGAUUCAAAGGGCACGUCGAGAAACAGCCUCUGCUCCGCUAACAUACACAUACGCACGGCCGCCCCAAUGGCUGCACUGAAUUCUAGGAAUGGUACAAAUUGGGGUUUUGUUCAUGGCUUUAAUGUAGCUUAAAACGCUUGUGUUGAUCAUGUUUUUUGUUUGUUUGUAUGUGGAGAUGAGGUCAUGGGGCACUUUUGAGGUCAGGGAAAUCAAUGUAAAACCAAAACAGUUCUUUCCAGUCAUUUAUAGACUGAAGGUUAACAGGAAUGAUUUUUGUUUAUAAUACUUUUUCUUUUUAAGACUGACUAUUAAUGAGCUAAUUAUUUUGCACAACUUAAUCACACAUCAGCCAGCUAUAUAGUGAUACAGUAUGUUAUAUAUGCAUAUUUUUGGGGGUUGUUUUAUAGGACGCUUUGCUAUUUUAAAUUUAUUUAUUGCCACUAUAUUUUGUUCUCUGUACCUAAUUUACCACCCUUAUAUAAUCUUCAUAUGAGCGUUGCCACAUGGAAAAACCAAAAAAAAAAAAUUAUAUACAUUUCUUUCCUUACGUUUGCUGCUCAGUUGGGGAAAAAUAUUCAAAUUAGGUGGUUUUCUAAUUAUAUUAAUAAUAAUAAUACAUAUUUAGUUACUUAAAUGUAAUAAAAUAAGCAGCUUUGAUAUGUAAAUUCAGACUUGUGUAUGAUUGGGAAAAUUGCAUGGAUAUUAUUGUAUAGACAAAUACAAACCGUUUAUUCCCUUAGAAACCACAUUUUUGUAAUAAUUUGUGUUCGCCCAUUUUUAGGUACAGCAGUGAAAGUGAUACCUGUGUGAAGACUCAUUGCAUAUAUAAUUUAUAGUGUAUAGAGUAGAUAUUACUGAUUAUUGAAGGCCCCUGUUACACAGCACAAACUCAGAGUCCACGUUUUUCUUUUCCUCAAUUUGUCUUUCGGUUUGUUUAUUUUUAUGUGACGUAAAACUCCACAGGUAUCAACAGGAACAGAAUUUGUUGUGUUGGAGUGAUUUUUUUUUGUUUACACUGUACAAUAAGGUUGCAUUUGUUAACAUAAGUUAAUGCAUAAGGAAUCAUGAAAUAAUAUUUUUUACAGUGUUUGUGAAUCUUGGUUGAUUUGUUAAUUUACAAUUAAUAAUUUAAUACAAUUAAAUAUAAUCAAAAUGUAAUUGUUAAUUCCAAUGUAAAUUGUUCGAUCAACUAAUUUGAACAUGCACAAUGUUUCAUUUAAAAAAUAAAUAAAAAUAAGUAUAUGUUGAAAUCAUCAUUAACCAAGAUUAAUAAAUCCCGGUAAAAGUAUUUUUCAUCUCAACUAAAGUGCUUACGAAUACAACCUUGUUGUGAAAUUUGCCGUUUUUGUAUUUUUAUAUUUAAUAUUGAGUAGUAUGUUGUAUUAGUUAAGUUAAUAGACUCUUGAACAUUUUUGUUUGAUUUUUACAUAAACAGAAGCAUAUUUAUGUAAAAACAAUAAGAAACACUAUAUGAAAAGCAAGUUUAGGUUAGUGAAAAUUAAUUGACGAAUGUUUUCUCAUGCUGUCUGGUUGCAUUGAUAGAACUAAUGAAAAGCGAUCUGCCGCCGGAUUCACGAAAAUCUACUCAAGAUAAAGUUCUUAUAAUAAUAUAUACCUUAAGUUAGAAAAUAAGAAGUAAAUAGUUUUAUGAAUCCAGCCCCAGGACUUCAGGAUGCGUUUCAGAUCGACCAGUAAUUCCACACUUGAUGUGAAGAUGCAUCACUUAAUCUACAUGAAAUUAAGAUUUGAAUCUGAAUUACUGCUGGUGUGGAUGUGAACGGAUCUGAGAUCUUUAUUUUGCUUCUGUUAGAUUAAGUCGCUACAGUGUGAACCACCACCAAUAAAAACACAAAAUCCCAGCCACAAUUUGGGACAUUCUUGUGAUUCUUUAGAACUGAAAAUAAAUCUGUAUCUUGAACAAACUACCCCAUUAUUUGUGUGCAUGAAUUUUUCUUGGUGAAAUCUAGCAUAAUGCAAGAUUUCAUGUUUUGUUU